AUGAUGCCAACAACAACAAAGGUGGGAGCAUUACUGCUCGCUACCUUAGUUCUUCUUCUUAAUGUUUUUCUAUUAAACAAUCAUAACUCAUUCGUUGUUUUGGGGAGUACGGACAAUCUAGUUCAAGAUUCGGAGACGCAAUUCCCAUCUUCAAGUAUAUAUAGAAAGACAAGCACAACAACCGGUUCUCUAUCCACUGAAGAUUUGAAAACAGCACAUCAACUCAGAGACAAACGAACAAGCUAUUACUCUGUCCUGGAACAAGAUUUAAAAAAACAAUUCCGAGACUUUUACGAUUCCAAAGUAAAACAAAAAUUAGUGGACACCACUGAUGCAUUGGAUCAAGCAUCCGCCAUAUUAACAGAACUAAAUAUUAAUGAAACAGUAUUCGCAACAUUGACAUCAGCAAAGGAAGCUGAUCUUAUGGCAUCCAUUAGUACAGAAUUGGAGUUAAAAAAGACACUUGCUUUAACACAAUUUUCUGCUGAGAAAAUAUCUGAAAAUCUGUUGACACUUGUGAAUAACUACACAUCCCGCACAUUCGGAGAAGAGGUUUUUGUUAGACAAUUUACUUCUCGAUAUGCCAAUGACCAUCAUUUUCGUUUGAAUUCAAGACGUGGUUCUUUUCAACUUCUUGAAAGAUCACACAAAAACGGUAUCAUGAGAAUUCGGAAUAGGAUCGCUGCCGGUGCUGAUCACGUUCUUGUAUUGAUGCCUAACGGAAAGUUACACUCAACAGGUUCUUAUUUUGAGGGUAAUUUGGGACGAUCAGAUCAUGACUCAAGAUUAUUAUACAGACUGCCGGUUGAAGCACUUGACGGCUUAGAGAUUUAUCAAUUUGAAGUUAAUACCCACAGUAAUUUAGUUUUGACCAACAAGGGCAUAUAUACUUUUGGGGUAAACAACGAUUUUCAAUUGGCAACGGGUCUGAUAUCUAAUGUGAAAAUUCCCACCAAAAUGAACGGCUUUGGAGGUAAAAACAUUACCCAAAUUGCGCUUGGAUAUGAUGCUGGAUAUGCCAUUGAUGAGAACGGAAAGCUAUGGGCAUGGGGUGCUAACCAUAAAGGUCAACUUGGAGAUCGAACUUUUGAUCCAAAAAGUAGACCAUUCGCCGUAUAUUUCUAUGGUAUACUAAAGGGCAAGAUUGUUUCUAGAGUAUGUGCAGGCAAAAACUUUGCUAUCGCUCUCACAACUGAUAACACACUUAUUGCUUUCGGUGAUAACACAUUUGGACAAUUGGGAACAAAUGAUACAGUGAGUCAAGGUGAACCAGUGAAGGUAAAAUUAAGAAAUUUGGAAGGAAGAAAAAUAACAGAUAUUCAAUGUGGAACGAAACAUAAUUUACUUCUCACAAGUGAUGGAUUAGUUUUUUCAUGGGGAUCCAAUGAAAAUGGACAAAUUGGAGAUAAUUCAACAUUGGAUUCACUUUCUCCAAAAUUUGUUUCAUAUCUCUAUAAUAACUUGUCUUGUGUUGCAGAAAGAAUUCACACAAGAGGUUUUGUUAAUUUUGUUGUUUGUUCAGACAAGAGAUUGUUUUCAUGGGGAAAGAAUGAUAUUGGUCAAACUGGAACAGGUUCUAUUGGUUCAAAUAUUUUACUUCCAACCUUGGUCAGACAUUCUCUUCAACCUAUUGUAGAUAUUGCUACAUCUGAAAAAUCUUCAUUCAUUUUCUAUGCUGAUGGUUCUAUUUUUGCCACUGGUAAAUGUCAAAACACCAGAAUGUUCUUCAACCAUGAUUGUAUUGACUCUUCACCAUUAUACUGGAACGGACGUACGUUCUCGGAACGAUUUUUAUUCAAUUUAGACGGAUAUUUUACUCCUAUAUCCAUGCAAAACGAUCUUCAUCUUGCUUGGUAUUACCGUAAACCUGUGUACUUUGAAAUGGGAGAUUUGGCAUAUUUACUCAAACAAGAAAACACCAUUCCAACAAGAAGAAACAAUGGUUUCAACAUGUAUGUUAUGAAUCAUACAGAAAAUGAAGAAGAAUGGAAGAUUGUGGAAUACGACUCGCAUGAAAACUUGGGCUUUCCUGAUUCGAUUUAUAACUCUCAUUUUCUUAAACACAAUGAAUACUUUUACCUGUUCGGAGGUUUUGUGAAUGAUGAAAUUUCUGAUAAGAUAUAUCGAUGCCCAAUUUUUAAUUUAGACAAAGAAUGGGAAUUAUUACCUUUUACUCUUCCUACACCUGUUGCUUCUGGUGUUUUAGCUUCUAGUGGAGAUUAUGCCUACAUUUUUGGAGGUAUUACCUCAAUGUAUUCCUAUAACUCUACAAUAGAUUUUUCACCAAGAAAGAACACAGUAGUGACUGACAAAAUAAUGAGAGCUCCUUUAGCUGAUUUAACCUCGUGGGAGAUUGUAUCUGACGUUCUACCUGUGCCAAUCCAUUCAGCAUUUUGGGAAAUACUUGAUGACUAUAUUUAUAUUUUUGGAGGGUCACGAAGCUUUGGAACCUCUCAAAAUAAUAUAUUUAGAGCCUCGCUAAAGACUCCGACUAUUUGGGAGCACACAUUCAGUGUUUUACCUUAUUUCAUGAUAAACACUGGUCAAAUAGCAUCUGCUGAUGGUGACAUUUAUUUAUUUGGAGGAACCAAUUCCACCUCAGGAGUAGGAGGACCAUAUGGCGUGUAUGCUCACAAAAGUGACUUGAUGUGGAAUGCCAUUUUUGACCCAAAUCGAACAAGUAAUUGGUGCUCAAAAUAUCCUUUCAUGUGUUACACUUGUUUUGGUUUGGAAGCUACCAAUUCUCAAGUAUGCUCUUCAUUGGGAAGGUGUAUGGAUUAUGACAAGUGUGUUUGUCCAACUGGAAUUUUUGGUAACAAUUGUGAGAAAACAAGUAUCGUGGCUUUUAAUGGAAUCAGAAGAUAUGCAGAUGGAACUACUGCUGCUUCAUGUCAGGAAUAUAAAUAUCCAACAAAUUCAAGCAAAUUGUAUGAAGGCAUUUCUGGGUCUGGGCUGUAUAUGAUACAAAACGACACGGGCAUACCUCCUGUAGUUGUUUUUUGCAACAUGGUUACUAAUCCUCCAUCAACUGCAAAUUACACCUUGUUUCUAGACACGACUGGGUUUGUAAUGAACAUGAAUGAAAGCCGAUCCAAGUACAGUACUAUUCAAGACCCAAUUCGUCUACAAGAAAAUAACGAAGGCAACGGAAUUUACAAAAUAUCACUUCCCUCGUCGUCACCAAGUGCCAUGAUUUGCUUAACGCCUCGUACUGGUUCGGAAAUACUUUGCAGUUAUUCAGGAGUGUGUUUUAUUGAUGUAAAUGGAAACACCCAAUGCUCGUGUGGAAAUGGAUACUCAGUACAUGAUGUAAAUGGAAUUAUUACCUGCAGCCGUUGA